GGACCGGUCCGACGUUAUAUUGUAUACGGCAGUGCCCGUGGUCUUGGGUUCUUGUGAAUCAGGGCUGUUUUCAUUGGCAGUGUAUUUAUAGUGUCCUCAACCAGCCCUGGGUUGGGUUCUGUGACAUCGUUGGGUAUACACAGGAAAGCGGGUAGAUUUACAUUUUCAUUCUCGACACCCGGGAGGAUUUAACUUAAUUUUCUGAGAUGAGGGUCCUACCGGGACCUGCAGUAGUUCUUCUGCUGGUUGUCUCCCUGACGUCUGCUCAGGAAACUUGCCCACCAGACGGCGGAACGUGCCGGGAGAACCCGAUGGCCAUCAAGAAAACUACCACUACUGAUCCAUCAGCUCAUUACUAUAUCGGAGGCCUGUUUGGUAUCCACGAGAAGGGCCCCACUGCCUACUCCUGUAGUGACAAAUUCAGGCUACGCGGUGUCAUGAACCUGCAGGCAUUCCUUUGGGCAAUUAAUUACUUUCAAUCACGACUCCCAGCAGACGGAAACAGAGUAUCCAUUGGAGGUGUCGCGUUUGACAACUGUCAGCGCAAGGAGCAGAUGGUAGAAAAUAUCAUGGGGUUUGAACAGUGUCGGAACAGGUUAACAGGCGUCGACAGACGACAGGUCUUGGCUUUUGUAGGUCCAGACACAAGCAGCGAAGCGCUGGCAGCAGCCGCUCUUUUGAAGGACAUGUCCUUGACUACAGUCAGCCAUGCGGCCACGUCACCGGAACUGAGCGAUGGGAACAUGUACCCGUACUUCCUCCGUACCGUCCCAUCAGAUGCUAAUGAUGCUGCAAUCCUGGCUGGCAUUCUGGCUAAAGAACUGGGGGCAAAGUAUACACAGCUUAUUUAUAUGGACAACUCUUAUGGGAAACACGGGAUGGAGGAAUUCAAGAAACAUGCCAAAGCUAACGGUAUCUGCAUCGUACAGAGUAUUAUGGUCUCCUCAGAUGUGUCCACCUCAGCGGACAGCGAUGUUCUGCGUAAGCUUAUUAACAAGCAGAACGUGAAGUAUGUUGUCCUCUUCACAGAUGGUCCUACAGCCAACAGAGUCCUGCAGUCAUCUCAGGCAUACAACGGCCGAUCAAGCCAGAAUUCUGUACGAUUCAUAUUUCUUGGAACUUCUUCAUGGGGAAACUCGGAAUUGUAUCUCAACAAUGCAUACAGCGCUGCUAACAAUAGCAUUGUAGUGUCUCUAUCUACGGAUCCUUUAUACACGAACGCCAUCAACGCCUUCAGAAAUUACUGGUAUGAUUUAAAACCUAACAAUAGUACAUCGGGCAUCGACAACAAAUACUUGACAAAGUAUUGGGAAGAGAGGUUCAACUGUGAAGUAGACGGCACGUCCAACGCUUGUGUGCUCGCUACCCAGUCGCUUCGGGACGAACUGGACGUGUACGUCCCAUACACCAUUAUGGCUGUCGACGCCAUCAUCAGGGGCGUUUAUUUGGCUGCCACAAAAGCCUGCAACAUAUACGACCUUUGUUCUGACCUCCUCAAUAUUGGCAACAGAGGUACCGCCAUUUUCAGAGGUAUUAAACAAGUAGAGGCCUUCGGGGAAGGUGGUAGGGUCUUGUUCGACCAGAGCGUUGGAGCAAACAACAAAUACGUGACUGGCGAUCCUUCUAGUGGCAAUGGCGGCUUCACCAACUACAAAGUGUAUUCCGUGGUCAAGGGCUCAUAUAUUGAGUUCGGCAACAUUAACUAUAAAGCUGGAGCCAACCUGACCAGGACACGGGGGCUGGACAUGAGGUUCUACCAGAACAAGGACGUCUGUAACUACCCCUGCACCGACUGCGGCGAAGUAUCCACCACACAAGCACCUACCGCUGCCAUGACAACCGCCCCAACGGCAACGUCCACUAAGGACCCAACUGAAGGCGGGAACUUCACCUUCGUCAAGUUCCCCACCAGCCAGGAGCUGACCGGCGCCUACUUCAAGUCGCCUCGCAAUGGGGAGAUGUGGAUGACCAGAUUUGAAAUCGGGCAGAGAUGGAUUAUCGCCCUUGGUGUGCUUGCCGGCCUUGGCAUCUUGGCCGUCAUCAUUUUCGAGAUCUACAUCCUGUACAAGCUUCUGGGGACGCGCAUGGGCAGUCGCUGGAGGACAAUGUGGCUAGGGCAGCUUCUUCUCUUCGGCAUCUUCCUCAGCUUCCUCACCCUCUUCGCCUUUAUUCCCGUCCCCACCAAGGCCACGUGCGCACUCACCAGGUUCGGCGUGGGCGUGUCCUACUCCAUCAUGUUUGCUGUUUUGUUGGUGAAGCUGAUGGUGAUACUAACGUCUAAGACGUCGGAGGCCUCCCUCCUCCCCGGCGACAUCGAGUCCCCCAACUACUUAAAGGGGAUCUACCAGUUCCUCAUGUUCAUGUUCGCUGUUGGGGUCCAAGUUGUUAUUGAUGCCCAAUGGUUGAUUACGGUGCCGCCGGAAGCUGUUCUCGUGACGGACAAUGGUGGGAACCAGGCCUGGGUGUGCAACCACUACACCUGGAAGGUGAACACCGGCAUGCUCAACAUGACAACGUUUGUCCGCAACGACUUUGAAAACCAUCUCCUAUCUCUCGUCUACAUCAUGUUCCUCAUCCUCAUCACCACCGUCCUCGCCCUCAACGCCCAUGGCAUCAUCACCAACCACAGAGAGAGCAUCUUCAUCGGUAUUGCGGCAGGGUUCAGCAUCCCCAUAUGGCUAUCAUGGGGCUUGGUGGGAGGUCUUAACAGAGACCACGUCGUUGCUCAAGAGUUUGGUGACGCCUGUAUAGCCUUUGGGCUGUUCCUGACGGCGACGCUGAUCCUGUUUGCGAUGUUCCUCCCCAAGGUACGCCAACUUGUCAACAUUGGCGUCGAGGGCAUCUACUUCGAGGACGACAGAGAGACCUACUACGCUGGGUCGGUCAUUAUGUCACCGCCUAGCUACAAAAGCAAAGCCAACUCGGUACUCUACGUGAACAACUCAGGCAUCUAUUCGGAACCAGUAGUUGUCGGCAAUGGUGACCCCAUGGCAACCCAUCUAAAGCAUCCGGGUCACCAUUCUGGGCCCUAUAGUACAUAUAGUGCACCUGCUGGAUACACGAAGAAGAGCGAGGCCGGAAGUAAAGUGCUUCGUGUAACUCCGGACCUAACCGGAAAACACCCGACUGAGAGGCGAAGGCCUCAGUCUGAGUUUGCCUACGCGCCCCGGUCUGUUAAAGGAACAUUAAAACGAAUUGGGUCAACCCAAAAUCUUGGCGCUCUUUGAGGGGGUAUUGAAACAUCUUGAACAUCGCCAGUGUUGGGCAGUGCUGGAAACAAUCUGAGCAGGAGAUUGUUCCAAAUAUGUAUUUUGUAAAGAAAACAUCUAUGAAACGUGAUUGAUGUAGUAAAUUAAUAAGAAGUAUUUACCAUCAUAUCUUCACACACUGAGAUACCGACAUCUCAUUCUGCUCCAUCCCCUGCGGUCCAGGGAAGACUUUAAGUUUAUCAACCAUGAACCAGCUACAGACGGCCGUGCUUGUAGGAGCUCGCGUUGACGUGCUGUACAUCGUUUUGAAAUGAUAUUGCUCGUUGUACAUAAAUAUCUAUAUACGCUUCGAGGCUGCAUUCAGAAUAUACACAUCGACGUCGGUUUGAGUCUCUCGAAUUGAUAUACUAGUAAUUUGGAGAACAACUUGGUGUCUGAUCAACUCUAACAAUUAUAUUUUAAAAAUAUUACUUUUCUUUUUAAUGUAUGUAUAUUUGUAAAGCUAAAUUUCAUUUCGCUGUUGAAAUACAGACUGUCUCAAAUUUUAAUGAGUAAACCGCAUGGUAUGUCUUCCCUCAAGUCAAGGUUUGCAUUGGUAGCCAUUCGUGUCAGUUCACAGGACAGCCGAGCUGUGUCGAAUGUGCGUCAGUUUCACCGUCUCAGAAGACUGCGUGAAUGAUGAUAUGCUAUUUGUUUCUAAGUGAGUGGUUUGUAAAAAUACCAGAAUUAAUAAUAUGUAUGUAGUUUGACCCGCACGUCGAUAAAAAAAACGCAUAUUGAGACAUGUUAAAAAAUAGGGUUUCACCUGACUUAGUGUUAGUGACUUUAUUUAGCUACGAUGAAAAUGACAUAUCACAUUGAUCUACGAUAAAUAAUUUAAUACGUUUCCGUAAAAAUGGUCAUGUUCUUCUGUUGAACAUUUCUCCCUCUCCCACAAAUGAGGAGCAGCCGUCGUUCUGUGAUACCGCUGUUCGCGCGAUGAGCAGGAAAAGAUAAAAAUCAAAAUGUAUCAUUGCACCAUUGCACAUUAACUGGUCUUGGCUGCACAUGAUAACCGAGAUAACAAAACAGCUGCCUCGCGUGUGCACCGAUCGUGCAGUGUUUACAUCUCGAGUAGGACCAUAUAGCGUUGAUUCCACGUAUCAAACCUGUGUUAUAUAAAUAUAUGUACGGAAACAAGAGAUAGAAGUCCGUUAUUGUAUAUCUACACGUACUUCGCCUAUAUGUUAUAUAUAUGUAUACAUGUAUGUGUAUAAAGUUUUACAUUUAUUUUUUC